GACAAAUGUCACACCAGCUUUCUCUUCUGAGCUCCAGACUUAUCAAAACAAGAUGAAAACGUUACCUGCGAUGCUCCUUUUUUGUCAAGCUGCGUCAACAGUGAAACACUCCCUGAAAUAUUUCCUUACCGCAACAUCUGGGAUUCCAAACUUCCCAGAGUUUGUUGGUGCUGCGAUGGUUGAUGAAGUGCUGGUGGGCUACUGUGACAGCAACAUCAAGACAGCAGAGCCCAAGCAGGAAUGGAUGAGAAAAUUAAUCAAGGAUGACCCACAACACCUGGAUUGGUAUGCUCUGAAGUGUUCUGGUAAUCAGCGAGUUUUCAGAGCCAACAUUGAAGGCUUAAAGCGACGCUUAAACCACACUGGAGAUGCCCACAUUUUACAAAGGAUGAACGGCUGUGAGUGGGAUGAUGAGACUGGAGAGGUUAUUGGUUUUAAUCAGUACGGUUAUGAUGGAGAAGACUUCAUUGCAUUGGACCUGAAGACGCUGACGUGGACUGCUCCGAAACCACAGGCUUUCAUCACCAAACUGAGAUGGGAUGCAGAGAAAGCUAGAUUAGAAUACAAUAAAAACUACUACAUCCACAAAUGUCCUGACUGGCUAAAAAAGUAUGUGCACUAUGGGAGGAGCUUUCUGCAGAGAACAGACCUCCCCUCAGUGUCUCUCCUCCAGAAGUCUCCGUCCUCUCCAGUCAGCUGCCACGCUACAGGUUUCUACCCCGACCGAGCCGUGAUGUUCUGGAGGAAAGACGGAGAGGAGAUUCAUGAGAACGUUGAACUUGGAGAGAUCCUCCCCAACCACGAUGGAUCCUUCCAGAUGAGCGCUGAACUGGACUUUUCAUCAAUUGCACCAGAAGACUGGAAGAGGUACGACUGUGUGUUUCAGCUGUCUCACGAAGAGGACAUCAUCACCAAACUGGACAAAGCAGCAAUCAGAACCAACUGGGGUUCUCCCUCAGAGUUUCCUGCUGGUUUUGUUAUUGGAGUUUUAGUAGGACUGCUGCUGCUGGCACUCUGUAUCACUGGGAUCCUUUUCUGGAGAAGGAACAAUCAUGGUGAGGGACAAGGAUGUUUUUACUCCACCGCUGCAUUUAGAAUAGAUAUCUCUAGGGAUGUCCCGAUCAUGUUUUUUCGCCCCGAUCCAAGUAAGUUCUGCAUUACUCUCAUAUCUUCCUCUCUCUUCUGAGCAGGGCAGAGAAACACUGUGCAUUAUAAUUAAAGGCAAAUGGGGGAGUCACACUGGGCUAAAAUUAAACAAGUGCUCAUAACUUUGGUAAAUGACUUUUUCCUGUAUUGCGAGUCUCAGACGUUGCUCUUCACACACACAAUAGCUUAACAGAGAGGAGACAGGGGCAGCUGAGUGGAGCGGUUAACAAAGACUGUGCACCAUGUUGCUGUGCAGGAAAGUAAAAACACCUCUGUGAUAACUGACAUUAAACAAAAGAUCGCAUCAGGCUCUGUAAAAUAACAAAAUGCUAUGAUUGGCCCUGAUACCAAUGUCUGAGAUCAGAUCAGGACAUCCCUAGGCACCUCAGAUUCUGCAUAUUUCCUUUGUGCGUUUAUUUGACAAGUGAUAGUGAUGCAUAAGGUACAUAUUUUUUUCUAAUUCUUCAUUUUCUAACAUUGUUUUCUGCUAUGUAUAUUUCAGGGUUGUAGCCUGCUAACAGUAAGUAUUCUAACAGGAAGCAUUUCAAACAACCCCCCCUUGUGGACAAGCAACUUAUAUUCUGUUCACCAUAUAAACUAUUGUAAUAAUGUGGACACCAAUACAGUAAAAAAAAAUGCACUUUUAAUAUUUAACUACCACUUGACAGGUGGGCAUUGAAGACUAGAAGAAGAUGCUGAACUGAGUCGAGGAUCAGGGGUCAGCAAAAUUUUCCUACAUAGGUCUCUCAUAGAGAUAAAGUAAUGACUGCUGCAGGACUGACAGAGCAACGUUGCUUUUGAACGACUGUAAGCAGGUUUACAUUACAGAUUUGGGCACAACUUAAGCAAUAUUUUUGAGUGAUAUUUCAUGACGACAUAUUUUUCAUUGCUUUACCUUGCUGUGAGAAAGCCCUUACCGAUGGGGAUUUGAAGCCCAAAAACACCAUACUCCACUGAGAAAAACAUUCAUCGUUGCUAGACUAUCGCUGCCUCCAUCAGCUGUAGUUUAAGGUGAAGAGAAGAAAAUAUUUAAAUGUUGGACUGUAUUAUUUUUCAGAGGAGGGGGUUUGAUGGAGUGUGGCUUUUUUAUUUAAAACAUGAAUAAAUUACUACAUUUUCAUGUUGUAUGUCCCU